AUGACCCAGCCACCAGGUGUAAUGUCCUUGCAGAUGGUGUCAUCUGUCAGUAACUCAUCCUUGCUUCAGCCAGGCUUUUCCCUGCUGAAUUUUGAUGGGCAUGUUUACUUUUUCGGGCAGAAAGGAUGGCCAAAGAGAUCCUGUCCCACUGGUGUCUUCCUCCUCGAUAUAAAACAGAAUGAACUCAAAAUGAAACCAGCAGUCUUCUCCAAGGACUCCUGUUAUCUUCCCCCUCUCCGUUACCCUGCUAUUUGUACUUAUAGAGACAACACAGAGUCCGAUUAUCACCAGUAUAUCAUUCAUGGUGGGAAAACACCUAACAAUGAUCUUUCUGAUAAGAUUUACAUAAUGAAUCUUGUAAGCAAAAGUAGCAGGAAAUCUGUGUUUAAAUGCAUUGAGAAAGACCUGGCUGGUGAUGUUCCUGAAGCAAGAUAUGGGCAUACAAUAAAUGUAGUUCAAAGCCGAGGUAAGAGCAUGAGUGUUAUUUUUGGAGGUAGAUCAUACGUUCCUCUUGAACAAAGAACCACUGAAAAAUGGAAUAGUGUGGUUGACUGUUUGCCAUCUGUGUUUCUGGUUGACUUUGAGUUUGGAUGCUGUACAUCAUACAUACUUCCAGAGCUUCAAGAUGGACUUUCUUUCCAUGUUUCAGUUGCCAGAAAUGAUACAAUCUAUAUUUUGGGCGGUCAUUCGCUUCAAAAUAAUAUCAGGGCCCCCAGCUUAUACAAGCUAAAAGUUGAUCUCCCAUUGGGCAGCCCAGCUGUGACUUGCACCAUCUUGCCAGGGGGGAUAUCUGUGUCGAGUGCUGUUGUGACUCAGACUAGUGACACCGAGUUUGUCCUUGUCGGGGGCUAUCAGUCUGAAAACCAGAAAAGGUUGGUUUGUAACACCCUAAUUUUAGAAGAUAACAAGAUAGAGAUUGUUGAAAGGGAGAGUCCACUCUGGACACCAGAUAUUAAACACUGCCGAAUGUGGUUUGGCUGUGAUAUGGGCAAAGGGUCUAUAUUGCUGGGCAUUCCAGGGGACAACAAACAGAUGAUCUCAGAUGCAAACUACUUCUACAUUUUGAGAUGCAGAGAAGCAGAAGAGGAUGAGGAGGAAGAACUGACAGCCCAAACUUGCAGUCAGACAUCCACUGAAGACCCAGGAGACUCCACUCCCUUUGAAGAUUCAGAAGAGUUUUGUUUUAGUGCAGAAGCCAAUAGCUUCGAUGUUGAUGACACUUACAAUGAAGAUGAUGAGGAAGACGAAUCAGAAACUGGCUACUGGAUCACCUGCUCUGCCCAUUGCAAUGUUGACGUUAACACCUGGGUCCCUUUCUAUUCAACAGAGCUCAACAAGCCYGCAAUGAUCCUGUGUUCCAGUGGGGAUGGCCACUGGGUCCACGCGCAAUGUAUGGACCUGUCCGAGACCAUGCUGCUGCGUCUGUCAGAAGCAAACAUCAAGUACUUCUGCAAUGAGCACAUUGACCUUAACAAAGGGCUCCAAACUCCCAAGAAGGUAGGGCAACUGAAAAAGCAACCCAUGAAACCACUGCGCAAGAAGAAAGCCAUAAAGUUAACAUCAGUGAAAAAAUCCUUUCUCCGGAGGUUAUUUGAAUAG